AUGUCUCGGGCUUCCUCUCCGUCCCCGUUCACCCCACCAUCCUCUCCUUCGGCUUCGUGUCAAUGCAUUCCGAAUGUCUUAUCGUUUCACGGUCGUCCUCUAACGGGCACUCCAAGUGCCAAUUUCCUCGCAGAUACACUCGGCGUUUCACCACUUUAUCGACAGCAAGACAGAAGUCGGGGUCAUAGUCGAGCGCAUAGUCCAGCUCCGGGCGGUCACUCAGAACCCUUCUUAUAUCCACCCAGCCUAACACCUCACCUCAUCACCGAACAUCUCUCAGCUGUUUAUAAUACGCUUGGAACUCCAUUAUCGUUGGAAGAGAUCGGUCGUGCGAAUCGGAAGAGGCACGCUGAACGAGGUGGUCUUGUAGACGUGAAAGAGGGUGGACCUUUGGAACUCGAAGCUAUCGCCGCAGUACAUGAGCUGGCCAGUGAGGUCAGGUCGAUAUCAGUUUCUGAGAUGUUACCGCGUACUGCAGAUCUAAUUUUUGUCAAUGUUAAAACAGUUGAAGAGCGUCAGUGCUGGCAUAAAGAACAACUUCGAUUUCGAAGUGUCUCUGAGAGGCUAAUUGAAUUUUUUUCCAUAACAGAUCAACCAUUCACCCUCGAACUAACCAUGAAAGGAUGGCGGGUGGCGUCAAUACAAUGGGAUUCUAUGAAUGGCGAUUAUACAAAGGUUGAUUUGCAUACGAAAUACUACGAAAACGCUCGUGCUCUACUCGAGGUGAUCUCACCGGCUCAUGCGCAAUAUUUUAACACUUGUCUCAGCGAGAAAUUGUCACAACUCGGCCAGAAUCAGGAGGAGGAUAUCAGUGGGGGUACAAAUUCACCGCGUGACGACGAAGGCCUUGUGUUUAAUUUUGGUUCUUAA